AUGAUUGCACAAAAUCCUCCACAACCAACUAAUAAUGUCAUUAAUGAUAUUAAUGGCUUUAAUUGGGCUUCGAUUUCGUCUAUUGACAUUAGAACUUUGAGCCAAACGAAAGACAGGCAUACACUUUCACAAAUUCAAGAGGAAUUCCUCGAUUCAACAACAUUUUACAAUCAAAAUAUGAAUGAAGUUCAAAAGUUAUUUUCAAUUUUACAAAUCAUUAUCGAAAAUAAUAAAGAUUCCAUUAGAAAGUUAAAAUCAAUGGUUAAAAAGCUAAACCGAGAAAAUUCCGCACUUAAAAAUCAAGUUGAAACAAAAAAGAGUUUAUAUUCGCAAAAAUGUCCAAUUUGUCUUAAAGAUUUACCUUCACUUUCUAAACUUGAUGCUCACAUGUUCCAAAGACAUCAAAACGCAGCGAUUAUUUGGCAAAAUUUGAGAACGCCACAUAAAAACGAAGAUCAAGUCUUCUCAAGCAUUACAAUGGCUCUCCAACCUCAGCCAUCUUCAGUUAAUUCUUCGAAUGAAAUACAAGAAGCAAUAAAAAUGCUUACAACUCAACAAAAGAAAACAACCAGGCAACUUGCCGGAUUCAAGAAGAAGAUUGAUGAUCUUAAAUCAACUAUUACUAUUGAAUCAUUAGCUUCUACAGCGCAAAUACUCGCAAACAAAAAGAAGAAAGAACAAGAAAAUAAAUACGAAAGCAAUUCUUCAUCUGCACCAAAGAAGAAACACUCUGAUAACGAUGAAUUUGAUCAUGUUGUGACUAUUCGUCCUAACCAAAUCACCAAAGAUAACGUGAAUAAUUAUCAAAAUAACAAAUCACAAGAAAAAGAUAAAAAACAAACUCCACAAAAACAAGAAAGCAAGCCUAAAGUUAAUCAAGUUCCAUUUGAUCAGAAAAUGUUUACAACUUCAUCAGAAAGCGAAAUUAAAGUUGAGACCUCAGUCGUUCAAAGGAAUUCUAAGCCACAGGAAACUCCAAAGCCAAAGGUAGAAGAAUCAAAGCCCAAGCCCGCUGAAAAGAAAGAAGAAAUUCAAAAUAAACCAAAACCUGUUGAAAAUCCACCACCAAAAGUCACUCCAAAGCCACAAGAAACGAAACCUGCAGAACAACCAAAGAAACCAGUUACCGUUGUUGUUACAACAACAAAGCCUGCUUCCAAGCAAAAUUCAAAUUCAACAAAGAAGGAUGAUUCUGACGAUUUCUUAUCUGAACCUGACAUGGAUAAGAGUACCAGAGAAGAAGCACCAUCUUCAAGCCAUCCAAAUGAUAAAAUGGAUGAUGAAGAUAUUGAAUUUGAAGAAUUUCAUAAUACUCCAGCCCAAAGAAUCCGCCAUUCAGAUUCUAUGGAAGAACCUGAAGAUAUCCAACCGAAUAAAUCUUUCCCUCAAGGAUUUAACGUCGAUGAUCAAGAUUCAUUCAGCGAUACAGGCGUAAUUACAGGAACAACAACAGUUCCUCCACCAAAUCUUCCAUUUUAUGAUGACGAUUAUAGCGAACCUUCCCAUAAAGGACGUGUUCGUAACUUUUCUGAGACUGGAGAAGUUAACCCCGAUCCAAAUUAUCAGACAGGAGAACAAUAUUUUGAAGAAGAAGAGGAUAUACCAUACGAUGACCCACGGUUCAAUCAAUUUUACAAUGACCAAGGAAAUAAUUAUAACGAUCAGUACAAUGACACUUAUCAAGACGAUAAUUAUGGUAAUGGUCAAUAUUAUAAUCCAGAUGAAGAAGAUGAUUAUUACGCAAACACUUAUAAUCCAGAUGAAGACAAGUAUUACGAGAAUACUUACAAUCCUGAAGAUGAAAAGUACUACAGUAACAAUAACAAUGAUAAUCAUGAUGAUCUUAUGUAUUCUGAUUACGAUGUCAACUCUCCAAACGAUGAUUUCCAAGCAACAACGACGAAAACUGAAAAAGUCAACUAUUAUGAUGACAUUCCUCAUCCAGAUGGAAUGACGAAAAGGCAAUACGUACAUGCACUUGCAUCAUCAUCUAUCAACUCUUCUACUGCAUCUCCUGGUCCCAGAGGUAUUGGCAAAUCAUGGAAACCUCAAGAAGAACAAAAACAACAAAAUCCAAGGUCACCUCCUAAACAGGAUAGAGCACCAAUAUGGGAAGAUGACUCUGACUUUGAUGGAAACGGCUACGACACACUUCCUGAGCUUCCUGAUGUUUCAAGCUCUCCUCAGCCAGCAAAAAGAAAAGGACUUCUCAAUUUGUAA